UCGAGGAGUGCUCUGCCUUUAUACUGUUUAUAUGCGAGUUAUCCACCAAUCAAGAUCAAGCGAUAAGUAGCAACAGCAAUGGGAAUAUUAUCAAGGGAAGAAAAAAUAAACUUAAAAUACAUUUUCAUAUGGCAUCGAGACCCGGACUGUUAGCUGAGAAGAUUGAGUUUCAAGUUAUCAGUUGAUUUUAUACGCCAGUGAAUUGUGUAGGUUAUCUACCCGGCGGUCGCUCUUCCCCCGCCCCUGCCACCGUUAUGGGCGUGGGCGUAAAGUGCACGAGCGCUGGAUCUACGCCACCUACGCCCGCGCCUCCAACCCUCUGCUCCCCUAUCUCUCCCGUCCUUAAAGGCAACCUCACGCCCACUCCUGACGACGACAAUAUCGAACCCGACGUGGACGUGACGGACGAAGGGGAGCUGGAGGGUGAGAAGGGCGUGGGUGGUGAGGGUGGUAGUGAGGGUGGUGGUGGAGGCGAGGGAGACGAGUUUACACCCAAGAAGAAGCAGCGCCGUUACCGCACCACCUUCACCUCCUACCAGCUGGAGGAACUGGAGAAGGCCUUCGCUCGCACACACUACCCCGACGUCUUUACCAGGGAGGAGCUGGCCAUGAAGAUUGGUCUUACUGAGGCCAGGAUACAGGUGUGGUUCCAGAACCGGCGGGCCAAGUGGAGGAAGCAGGAGAAGGUUGGUCCGUCGACUCACCCGUACGGCGCCUUCCCUUCGUCAGCACCUCUGCCCCUCCAGAACCCUGCCCUCCCUCCCACCAUCUCCAGCCCCUUCGCCGGCCUCGGCUACAUCAGGAAGCCGCAUAGUUUUGAUUCGCCUCCAAUUUUACCUCCGUCGGCGUCCAGACUGCCGUCAUCUUACCUACAAGCAGCGGCGGCGCAGCUGUUGCCGGGUGCGGGCUACCUGGCAGGUAUGUCAGGGCUGCGGGAACUGCACCAGUACCGCGCCGGCCUCAUGGCACCGCACCACUACCCGCCUUCUUUCACACACCUCCUAGCGGGGCUCUCCUCCAGACCCAAGCUGCCAGAGUCAGACUACGCCGCCCUCCUGGCCUCAGUCCCUGCCCUGCAGCCGCCUUUGGUCGCCCCACCACCACCCAUCACGCCCCCAGAGGUAUCCAGAGUGAGCGGGACCACGCGGGGGCGCUCGUCACCUCCGGCGGCACCCGCGGGCGGGGUCGAUCAAGAUCGCCGGGCAUCGUCCAUCGCUGAGCUGCGACUUCGGGCUCGGGAACACGAACUGCGCCUGGAGAUGCAGCGUAAACACGGCGAUGUUGUGACGUGAGAUGGGGGUUUCCCACACCUCCCUUCUCUACCGCACCACGCCCACCCCCGCCCACCAGAGGUCCGGGAAUCUUCAGAAACAGAAUGUCUAUAAUCACACUAGAAUGUUGAGAAUUAUAGGAUGUUACGAGACAGUGGUUACCCAAAGUAGCGAUGAUUCAGUAACUCUUACGGUGAACUGUGAGGCAGUGGUUAUUUAAGUAAACAAUGAAAUAUUACGUCAGAGCGAGUAGUGGGGCAGUGUUCCCACAGGUAACAAUGAAACAAUGUAUACUCCAGCAGGCUGAGAGGCAGCAGAGCUCGUGAGUGCCACCUGCUCCCCUCGUUGAUGCUCCAGCUGUCGUCACUUAAGGUGCUUCUUGUGAACUCCAUGUAUUGCAGUAUUUAAGUUUUGUGUUUACCUUUGUUGCUGUACUGAUCCGUCCAUCAACUGUGCUAACAAUACUAACUUAGUGUACCUACCUUAUAAGUACCUCAACCCUAGCCUAAGUCUCCCUACUAAAUCUUGAAAUAAUCUUGACCUUGACUGUAGGUGGGCCAGCAGCGCCCCGGGCAGACCCUGUGUGUGGAUAGUGAACUUUGUCCUCUGUGCUCUUAUUUCAAUACAGUUUUACAACAUGU